UGUACUUUUGUUCUUUCUGAGAUGAUCUAAGCAAUUGAGUGUCAUGAAUUCUCUGUACUUACAACCCUAUUUUGUGGAACAUCAAGGCAAUUGCUGAAAACCAGUCUGUUAGGACAUGCUCAUUGUACAAGCUCUGUAAACUGAUCAGCAAGCCAAGUUCUCAAAGAGUACCUGUAAUACCCGUACAGAUUUCUAGUGGAAGAACACACGUUCUUAUGGCUGUAUAUGGACUUGGUAAAUUCUGUAUGUGUACGUAUUUUUUUAUUUUCUUUUUAUACAUAAAUUACAUAUGAAUUCAGAUAAGGUAAGUUUGGCUCUACUGCUAAUGUUACUUCCAACUUGAUCCACCGUCCAGAGAAGACAGCUGCUAUUAGCUGAGGGAAAAAGCUGCUUGAACAUGCAAGUGGAUGAUCUCCAACUCAUUAUCAUCUAUUGAUCCUUUGCUUAUGAAGCAGAUUUGCUGGCAAAUAGAGGAAGUAGCAUGUUAAGUUCAUUAUCAUAUUGAGGAGAGCAUAAAGUUUUUCAGAAUUUUUGCGACAACAUGGGUAGAUUCGAGAGCACUGCAGAAAUAGAACCUCCAAGUCCAGGCCAACAGAUGGGAUCAUAUCCUCAAAGUUACCAAACAGCACAAUCUCGCACUGCAGAAAUAGAAACUUCAAAUCCAGGCCAACAGAUGGGCUCUUAUCCCGAAAGUUUCCAAACUGCACAAUCUCCACAGAUAGGAAGGCCCUGGGAGAGCACUGCAGGAAUAGAAACUCCAAAUGCUGGACAACAGAUGGGCUAUUAUCCUCAAAGUUUCCAAACAGCACAACCUCCACAGAUAGGAAGGCCCUGGUCAACCGAACUAUUUGACUGCCAUAAAAAUCCAACAAAUGCUGUUAUGACAGCCCUUUUCCCCUGCGUGACGUUUGGACAAAUAGCAGAAGUCAUGGAUGGUACAGAACCGUCGGCCCGGUCUCAAAUGACUUGCCCCUUCGGGACAGUCGUUUAUAUGCUAACGUUGGCUGUUUGCAUGGAAUGGUUCCUUGGCUCCGCAUACAGAACAAGGCUGAGGAACAGAUACGGUCUAGUUGAAGCUCCAUUUCACGACAUAAUUUCUCACUGCUUUUGCCCUUACUGCUCUCUCUGCCAGGAAUUCAGAGAGCUCAAGGAACAAGGACUCAAUCCUGCUCUAGGGUAUAAUGGGAUCCUAGCUGAACAACAGGCAAAGCAAAAUGGACAGAUAUACAAACCUCCACCAGCUCAAGCUAUGUCCAUGUAAAGGAUGAUAUGUUUCUCUCUUUCAAGGUUGUUGGGUUUUCAGUCAUUGACUUUACCAAUUGUGUUUUUGGUGUGUAACUUGUGAUGUUUGUCCGGAAAAAUGUAAUAAAAUGCAACUAUCCUGUCUCUUGAAACACAUUAGGUUCCAUCUUGUAAGAACCAAGUCGAUCUCUCAGUCUCUCUUGCAUGAAUGACUAUGUACCUGAUCGUGGUUUAUCGAGACGCUGACAACAAGCAGAUGCCCUGUCUCAGUGUAAUUCAUCCGAACGCAAAACCUACAUAGAUUAAGAACCGACAGAUGAACAUUUUUACAAACUUUAUCAGAAAUCCUUGGGCAUCCAUUAGAAAUCCCAUUUACUCAUUUAGGCAAGAUUGUCCUUAACCCAAUCCCAUGUAUAAAAACGAUUGAGCCUGUUGACAUUGAUAUUUGGUGGAGGCUUCUAUACCUUAUGGAAUUUUGUUUCAAGACAGCUAAAGCCACCAGUUAAACAGUAUGUUAUCAAGUAGACCCACAACUAGAAUGUCAAAAAUAAAC